CGUAAUUUGGCGCAUUCUGAGUUUUAGAUGUGUAACUGUUAUAUCCUUCAUUUUUAGGUUUUGGUCUCAAUGCUCAUCAAUUCUGCGCCGUAACUCUUUGAAUAAACUUUUCACAUGCUGUUGUAUUGGCCACGUUUUAAAAUAGCGGUGAGGGUUUUUUCCCCCUUCUCCUGGUCUUCAAGGUGUGGGCAGAAAUACGUUCAACAGUGUCUAUUUCUGGCUCUCCUGUGCCUUUAUUCAGACAAGCUAAGCGCUUCCAGAUGCGCACCAGAGCUCAGACGUAACAAUAUUGCCAUAUUUGGUAUGGCAGUAGCCUACAUUAUUAACAUAUUUCCCUGCCUUUUGGCCAGCAGACCACAAAGCAUUCCUGACAGCUUAAAGGCUUGUUAAAUAUGUUCUCCAUGCAGGGGAAAUUCCUCAGCAUUCAUUCCUUUUGGCAAUUCGACUUUUCACGCCAUGUGUCCAUCACCUUUCUCCUGACCAGAGGGCGGUAAAAAAAAAGAGUGUGUAGGUAAACACACACUCCAAUUUUCCUAAAGAGAUGUCGUGCUGUCUGGGUCUGGGUCUGGGUUGUUGUAAGGCUUCAGGGAUCUCAAUAAAUCCCACAUUCUUCCAAAUGAUUCCGACUGAUGAGAGCGGGGAAAGUCACCAGAUGGAUGCGCACAGACGCAACAUAAGCCACGGAGGUCUGGCUAAAAAGGAACUUUGCAUGAGGGCAGAGUUUUUAUUUGUGUUUAUAGAAGUCGGAUAUUUCGUCUCCCUCUCUCUCUCUCUCCCUCUCUCUCUUACUCCCUCUCUUCUUGCCUGUAGCCUGUUGUGUGUAGACAGAUUGUACAGUGAGACGGCAGCGGUGAACCAGCAGCCUCUCCGGUUGUGACUGAUUGACAGCUGUCUGGUGUUUGGUCUGUUUCCGGUCUGUUCUCUGCACCAAUCGGCUUAAACUGCAAACUGGACGCGGAGUACGAAGACUACGACUGUCACACCUCAAACAAUCACUGGCUCCACGUGACUGUGGCUGCGCGUCACUGACGAGUUGUGGAUCAGGUCUGGAUCAGGAGUGACUGUGACACUGUGUUUGUGCAGCAGCAGCAGCAUCUGCAGCAUCAGCAGCAGCAGCAGCAUCCAGGUUUUUUAUCAACAAACAACACCAGGCAGCACCGGGUUAACUGACACUAGCCUCCCCCAUCCAGUCUCUGAGUUCACCCCCUAUUUAUUUUUAGACCAGAUCACCGUUUCCAAGUCACCGGGGAGCAAAGCAUGGCGUCAAGGAUUGCAGAUUUUGGUCGCUACACCCACGCAAUCGUCCGGGGAAUCCCUGCCUCCCUGGCCAAAGAGGCGCUCCGGAGCUGCCCGUCGGAGGUGGAUGUGGUCCAGGCGCGGAGGGAGCACGAGAAAUACCAGGAAAUCCUGAGGACAACGUUCGGGCUGGAGGUGGUGGAGCUGCCCGCGGAUGAGUCGCUCCCGGACUGCGUGUUCGUGGAGGACGCAGCCGUGGUGUGCGGUGACACGGCGCUCAUCACCAGACCUGGAGCCGAGAGCAGGAGGGGAGAGACAAAGGCAAUGAAAGAGGCUCUGGAGGCACUGAAUAUGAAUGUGGUGGAAAUGACAGAUGAAAAUGCCACACUGGAUGGAGGAGACGUGCUCUUUACAGGCCAGGAAUUCUUUGUGGGCCUUUCCAAACGGACCAAUCAGAGAGGAGCCGAGAUCCUUGCUGAUGUUUUUAAGGACUAUGCUGUGUCCACUGUCCCAGUGCAGCAGGGGCUGCACCUGAAGAGCUUCUGCAGUAUGGGGGGACCUGGCCUUAUCCUCGUCGGCUCCAGUGAACCAGCACAAAAAGCUCUCAAAAUCAUGCAGCAAAUGAGCGACCAUCGCUACGAUAAGCUGGUGGUACCUGAUGAUCUGGCUGCCAACUGCAUCUACGUGAACCUGCCCGACAAGGGUCACAUGCUGCUGCACAGCACAGCUGAAAUGUUUCCAGAAAGUUUGAAGGUGUUGGAGCAGUUAAAGGACUACACUCUGAUCGCUGCGUCCAAUAAAGAGAAGACCAAAGUGGAUGGAGCCCUUACCUGUUGCUCUGUGCUGAUAAACAAAAAGGCAAACAUGUGAGAAAACAAGGUUUUUGGUUUACAUUCUCCAGGUGGAGAUUGUAUCCAGUGAGGGUUUGUUGAAAUUAUAUUUGUAGUUAGAUAAUGAGGAAAUAAAAUUGGUUAAUAAUGAGGAACCAAAAAAAUGCUAACCUUCGCCGCUUCAUAACACUCGUUGUUUAUCUUUCCUUAAAAAUGUCCAAAGUGUGAUUAUCGUAGUCACUAUAAAGCAGUAGAUGGAUGAUUUCGAUGACAUUCCCCAAAAUUUGCCUUAUUUGAUAAAAAUCUGGAUAUCUUUAUAUCUUCUUACUAAACAGACUUUCCGUAUUACAAAAAACCUCUUCCUGCCUCUUAACACUGCAGUUCUUCAUACAGUACCGUAUGUGUACACGUUGCUAAUGUUUACAUGCAUCAUAUAAACUGUGAUAGGACCACGUGUGAUUUUACUGCUCAUGUACAUGUAUUUGCUAUUGAAACAUUUUUCUAGUAACAUGUUUCACAAGUGCUGUAAUUUGGAGGAAAAUUUGUUUUUGUGCUGUGACAAAUUGUUAUUUAAAAAUGGCAGCUGGGUGCUGUGGUUCAGUGGUUCUGUCAAAUUUGAACAAAAUUCAAAAUACUGUCUUAGUUAUGGGUAACACAGGAUUGACAUUUAGGGAAAAGUCUACUGCUACACUAGGUUCCCUGGAGGUGGGUUGCGAAAUCCACUUGCUUCAUGGGAGAUGUAAUUUACAGUAAUCCAACGUUACUUAUCUGUGUAGUAUCUUAUACACGCAUGAAGUAUGACCACUGUAUUUAACCCAUCAGUAAACAUUAGUAUAGAGUAUGGCAUGGUGGGCCAGAUUUGGCCUGCGAGCCUUGUGUUUGGCAUAUGUGCUGUGGUUGAAGAAAUAAGAACCAUGCCAGUCUGCUCACAUGAAUUAUGUCAAUUUAAAGUUACAGUAAGUAGAAUGUGGGCUUCUUUGGGAUAUUUAAGUCAUUUUUACAUAAAUACACCAGAAGGCUCCCUUAUUCUGUCAAGUUAAUUGUAUUGUUUAUCUCAGUUAAAAUAUUAAUUUUGUCAUGACAUCCAGUGGUUAAAUAUUAAAUGUUUUCCCACUACUUAACAUCACCACCAGCAUUGGAAAUGUGACUAAAGUAUCUGAAAUGGAAAUAUGGUCUAAAUUUUGGGGGUAUUCUUUUUGGUCGGUUCUUGCAAAUACUCUAUGUGCCAGUCAACUUGUUAUUUCGAUUUUACCUGAAGUGACCCUAAAUGUGUGCAAAUGAAAAAUUUUUGGACCAUCUUUUCUGACAAAUGCCAUUGCUUGUUUCCCAAAUCUGGGUGCAAACAGCUCCAGGUUCAUCACGCCAUGCACUAUGUGGACCAGAUGAAGAUCUUAUUGUACAUCCUAUAAGCUGGAUCUGUAGUGCAUUUCAUCAUGGCAACAUUCUGUGACCAUCUCCUACAGGAUAUAACCCUAGAAUAUAAAAGAAGGGAAAUGUUCUGUGUCCUUGCGAAACUGUUCUGAAAUUAUACCGAAAUUGAAAGUGUGCAAAGCCCUCGUGGUACAUAGAGUACAUUUAGUCUGUGCCCUGACCCUGAUGUCAUCAAACGUGUCUGCAGUGAAAGUAGACCCUCCACACAGUGGCAUUUUUCAGCAGUAGCUAAAAGGAUGUUGGGGAGUUGUGCGUCAGUGUCCGUCAGCUCUGUGGUCACUGAAGGCAUGUUUGAGGCUGGCAGAUAUGACAGCAUAAUACAUGAGUACUGUAAAUACACCAAGUACAGUAGGGUAAAGGCAUCAUCACAUGUGAGACUGUGCUGUUUCUCAGUGUGAUUGUAAGUGAAAGUUGAGGAAAUGACAUCAGGAGGUGAUUCAGCCUCUCUCUUUAGACAUAUGCGUACAGGCGAGUGGGCAGUGAUGAAACAUGGAAAGAAUUCCUGUUGGGAGGAGAGGCUGCUACGGUGGUAAACACCGACUCUGCUCAACUUUCUCUGUGUUUUCACUCAUACCAUUGACUUUUCUUUCACUCCUGAAUGUUAUUCAUGGUUAUUCUUUUGAGAAAAAAACUGGUACACUGUACCACAGUAAAUAUGAUACAUUGGUGUUAAUGCCAGCUCUCAGUCAUGUGCCUCACGUCAUCACCCAGAAUGAUUUGAUUCUGAUGGUCUUCUUGUGCCAACUAAGUGAGCUAUAAAGUGAAACUCACAAUUUCCAUGUGUUUGGUCCCAGGCAGACUGACCUUAACCCUUUUCCUACCACUUAAUCAAAUUAUUUAAUAAAGUUAUACUGUGUAUUUGAGAUGCAACUGUAGUAUGUGAAUUCUGGACAUACUGUACUUCAGACCUCAUUCAUCCCAGUUUCAGUGAUGUUGUCUCAGGUUUAAAGGAUUUAUUACAACUUGUGAAUGAUUGCUAUGUUAAUUAGAAGCUUUCAACUGGAUUUAAUAAACACAAUGAGCAUUA